AUGACUGUGUUCGCAGAUGACGAACUGAAGAACUCUUCCAGUGGGGGUAUUUCGCUAUCGAAUUUAUUUGAAUUAUUGGAUCCAAUAGCGUCAAGUGUUGCUUCUGUUUAUGUUACAAAUAACUACUUGGCAAGAGCUAAGAAAAAGCUCAAAACGUUCGAUCCAUCUGAUAAAAGGGUUCAUCUAGAUGAAUGGAAACUUAAACUAUUACAGAGAGUCAAAGCAUUGGAUAAACCUUUGCAUACCGUGCUAUUCAAAGAAGAUUCUAGACUGGGUAAAUUAUUCUACCCGUUUACGUUGUUUACAAUUUUUUGCAUUGGAUUUGUUAUGGGUAAAUUCCCUGAAUGGUUUCACGUUCUUUACACUUUUCUGUUUUUUCUACUAAUGCCGUUAAGGUUUUAUACCUAUUACAAAACAAACAACCAUUAUUAUCUGGCAGACUUAUGCUAUUUUGUCAAUUUUCUUUGCCUUUUGUUUAUUUGGUGUUUCCCAGAUUCUGUCCAUCUUUACCAAACUUGUUUUGCAUUCACGUUUGGUUCAUUAAGCUUUGCUGUGAUUACAUGGAGGAAUUCUUUGGUUAUUCAUUCUUUGGAUAAGACGACGUCUUGUUUCAUUCAUAUCAUGCCUACUUGUACAAUGUACAUUAUCCAUCACGGCAUUUCAGAAGAGUUGAAAUCAAUUAGGUUUCCUGCAGCAUCAAUGAUUGCAUCUAAAUCCUGGAAUUUAAAAAAAAAUAUUAUCUGGACAUCACUUUACUAUCUAGUUUGGCAAUCACUUUAUCACUAUUUUAUCACCCUGAGAAAAUCAUCAAAGAUUAAAUCGGGUGAAAGAAUGACCAGUUUCGAGUAUUUGACCACCCAUCAAUAUAAGAACUUUUGGGUAGUUAAAUUACCACAACCCUGGCCAAUGAUCGUGUACACAAUUGCACAAUAUUUUUACCAAUUAGCCACAAUGCUGCUUUGUGGAAUUUGGUUCAAUUAUAGAAUUGCAGCAAUUGUUUUUUUAACAUUCAUUUUCCUCUGUGCAGCUCAUAAUGGUGCCACUUAUUAUAUUGAUUAUUAUGGUAAAAGAUUCGAAAAGGAAGUCGAAAAAUUACGCAAUGAAGUCGAAAAUUUGCAACAGCAAUUGAAAAGUUCAGGUACAAAUUCAGCUCUGGACAAUUGUUCGAUGACAAGUGGAUAUUCAAUUAUUGAUACUGCUGAAUCUUCCGAUAGAAGUAGUGUUAACUCGAAAAAUGAUUGA